AGCGCAGUGACAAGUGACUUUUUCGAACUUCUACUUUUUUCAGUUUACAUUCAGAACUGUGUGUCAUCGUUUUUCCGGAAACAGUUUUUUUUUUAACCCUAACCUUUCUUUCUUCAACUUGGCUGACGCUUCUCCAGGCUCGUUUUUCCUAGUUGGAGGAUAUCGACCGAGCUACGCGGAACAUAAUGCUGCCAGAUAAGAUUCGCAAGCAUAUCCUCAAAGAAGGAACUGACGCCAUCCCCGUGACCAACGACACCAAGAUAAAAUUCUUCUACAAAACCAUAAAACCCGAUGGAACGAUUCUUGACGAUAACAAUGCUCAGUCUGAUCCCCUGGAGAUGCUUUUUGGCAAACAGUUUAAGCUGGAAGUAUGGGAAGAAUGUCUGAAAACCAUGAGACUACAUGAAAUCGCCCGUUUCUCCGUGGACCGCGAUCUCCUCAGCUCGUAUCCCUUGGUGGCCAAAUCGUUGCGGGACAUUGCCAAAGGCAAGGCCCCCAACAGCUGCGGUCAUGAUCACGGGGAUGGGGGCCAGCAUCGCUGCUGCGGAAUGCAGACGCUGAUGGAGCAGGGACUGGGCUAUCCCGAUCUGGAUGCGCUGAUCAAGAAGCCGGAGGAUCUCGAUUUCGAAUUCCAGAUUGUCGACGCACAAUCCCCUGGCUCAUACGAAAAGGAUCCUUGGGCGAUGGAUGUCGGUGAGAAAAUGGAAAACGUCCCAAAAUUGCACGAAGAAGGUAAUCACCUAUAUAAAAGGCAGAAGUAUGUGGAGGCAGCAGAUCGCUACUCAAAAGCAUUAGGACUCUUGGAAGAAUUGACCGGACACGAGAAGCCUCAGUCAGAAGAAUGGAUGAAACUCGAUAAGAUGAUGAUCCCCUUACUCCUAAACUACACGCAGUGUCAGUUGAUUUUGGGCCAUUACAAUGAAGCCAUCCAGCACACUACGACGGUGAUUGAGAAGGAUCCGGUGAAUGUGAAAGCCUGGUACAGGAGAGCGAAGGCCCAUGCCAUGGCGUGGAAUCCAAAAGAAGCUCGCGAGGAUUUUGCCAAGGCAGCGCAACUGGACCCGGCAUUGAAAAACGCCAUAGAUAAGGACUUGAGAGAAUUGGACAACGUGCAGAAGAUCCGUGAUGUGGAAGACAAGGAGCGAAUGAAGAAAUUGUUUGGAUAGUGUUCCGGCAUAAUUUUCGAGAAGCUGGAAACGGUGCAUCUCUUUGAUAUCUACUCUAGUUAUCAGUGCGUUUUCCACAAAAAGAAAUGUUUAAGCAUGUGCUUGUAAUGGUUAAAGUUCUUAAUUGCUGCUUCGUGUACUCCGUUGUUUACGGAAUUCGUUGACACUUUAAUUUCGAUCCAACGUUGUGGCUUUUGUUCACAACAGCAACAUAAAUGCACUAGCGUUUAGUUACAAUUAAAAAGUCAAGCACUAUAAAGUAAAAA